CCCUUCUGCCAAGAGAGGAACACCCAGGAGGUCCCGGAGGAGGACAGGCGAUCUGCGCUGCUGCCAGCCCCUCUCCAGGUGUCCCCGGUGGUCCCUGGGAUGAACAGUCCGUGGCUGCUCCGCAGUCCAAGCGUGGCCGCCUUUCAGGAAUCGGUGACGUUCAAGGAUGUGGCCGUGGACUUCACCCAGGAGGAGUGGGCACAGCUGGACCCUCCCCAGAGGAACCUCUAUAGGGAUGUGAUGCUGGAGAACUAUGAGCACUUUGUGUUCCUGGGACUUCCCGUGGCCAAACCUGAGGUCAUCUCCCAGCUGGAGAGAGGGGAAGUACCUUUGUUUCCGGAGCAGCCAGAGUUCUCCACAAGCAUUUGCCCAGAUUCCCUUAAUCAGGAGAUUAAAUGUGAAACCUUGGACUCCAUUCCACAGCAUAUCAUUUGUAUGGAAACAUCUGAUGAGAAACUCACCAAAGAUGGUUUCUGGGAUUCUAAGAUGGGAGAAGAUUGGGAAUAUGACAUCAUGUUAGAGAGGCAGAAAGCCAACCAAGAGAAUCAAUAUAGUCAACUAGAAACUGUUAAUGUGAAAAAUUUUGAUGAGAUGAAUAUCCAUGGAAGUAAUUCAUUUGGGAGAGAUUUCGAUCUGGGGUCAAUCUUUGUCCCACAACAGAGAGUUCCUUCAGGAGAAAAUCUUUUUAAAUAUGAUCCACUUGGAAACAGCUUUGAUCAAUUUUCAGACCUAAUUUUAUAUAAUGGAAUGUCCUUAGAGAAUAAACAUUGUAAGUACAAUAAGUGGAAAAAGCCCUUUGAUUACCACCCAGAUCUUUUUCCAUUCCACCCUGUAACUCCUGGAAACAAACCCUAUGAAUAUAAUGAGUAUGGGAAAACCUUCAGCCCAGGGACAUCCCUUAUUUAUCAUCAGAUAAUGAAUACUGGGGAAGAACCCUUUCAAUAUAAUGGGGAAGGCUUUAGUCAGAGAAGCUUUUUUAAUGAACAUAAAAGAAUUCAUGCUGGAGAGAAGCUCUUUCACUGUAAUGAAUGUGGGAAGUCCUUCAAUCACAAAGGGAACUUUACUAAACAUCAGAGAAUUCAUACGGGAGAGAAACCCUUUCAGUGUAAUGAAUGUGGGAAAGCCUUCAGCCGAAGAGGAAACCUUACUGUACAUCAAAAAAUUCAUUCUGGGGAGAAACCCUUCCAGUGUAAUGAAUGUGGGAAAGCCUUCAUCCGGAGGGGCAGCCUUAUUGAACAUCAGAGGAUUCAUGCUGGAGAUAAACCUUUCCAUUGUCGUCAGUGUGGAAAGACCUUCAGCCAAAGGGGAAGCCUUACUGAACAUCAGAGGAGUCAUACUGGAGAAAAACCUUUUAAAUGCAAUGAAUGUGAGAAAAGUUUCUGCCAAAGGACAUCCCUUUUUUAUCAUCAGAGGGUUCAUACUGGUGAGAAACCCUUUUCAUGUAAAGAAUGUGGGAAAGUCUUCAGCCGCAGUGGAAGCCUCUCAAAACAUCAGAGGAUUCAUACUGGUGAGAAACCCUUUGAAUGUAAUGAAUGUGGGAAAUCCUUUAGCCAGAGGGGAAACCUUGCUAAACAUCAGAGAAUUCAUGGUGGAGGGAAGCCUUUUGAAUGCAACGAAUGUGGAAAAAACUUUACCAACACCUCAUGUCUUGCUAUACAUCAGAGAACUCAUACUGAAGAAAAGCCUUUUAAAUGCAAUGACUGUGGCAAAGCCUUUAGUUGGAGGGUACGCCUUAUUGUGCAUCAGAGAAUUCAUACUGGAGAAAAACCCUUUGGCUGUAAUGAAUGUGGGAAAGUCUUCAGUCAGAGGGGCCACCUUAAUGCACAUAAAAGAAUUCAUACUGGAGAGAAACCCUUUGUGUGUAAUGAAUGUGGGAGAGCUUUCAGCCAAAGGAUAUGCCUAACUGAACAUCGAAGAAUUCAUGCUGGAGAGAAGCCCCUUGAAUGUACUGAAUGUGGGAAAAACUUCAGCCACAGAACAUCCCUUUUUUAUCAUCAGAGAAUUCACACUGGAGAGAAACCCUUUGAGUGCAAUGAGUGUGGGAGAACUUUCAGCCAGAGUGGGAACCUUACUGAACAUCAGAGAAUUCAUGCAGGAGAGAAACUCUUUGAGUGUAAUGAAUGUGGAAAAGCCUUCAGCAACAAUUCACGCCUUGCUUUACAUCAGAGAAGCCACAAUGGGGAGAAAUUUUUUCAGUGUAAUCAAUGUGGGAAAGUUUUUGGUCAGAGGGCACAUCUUAAUGCACAUAGAAGGAUUCAUACUGGAGAGAAACCCUUUGAGUGCAGUGAAUGUGGAAAAGCCUUUAGCUGGAGGGUAAGCCUUACUGUGCAUCAGAAAAUUCAUACUGGAGAGAAACCUUUUGAGUGUAGUGAAUGUGGGAAGGUUUUUAGCCAGAGAGGACACCUUAACACACAUAAGAGAAUUCAUACUGGAGAGAAACCCUUUGAAUGUAAUGAGUGUGGGAAAGCCUUCAGCCAGAGGGGACACCUUACUGAACACCAGAGGAUUCAUGCUGGAGAGAAACCUCUUGAAUGUAAUCAGUGUGGGAAAAACUUCAGCCAUAGGACAUCCCUUUUUUAUCAUCAGAGAAUUCAUACAGGCGAGAAACUUUUUGGAUGUAAUGAAUGUGGGAAGGUCUUCAGCCAGAGUGGAAGCCUUACAAAACAUCAAAGAAUUCACACCGGAGAGAAACCCUUUAAAUGUAAUGAAUGCGGGAAAUCCUUCAGCCAGAGAGGAAACCUUACAAAACACCAGAGAAUUCAUGCUGGAGAGAAACCCUUUGAAUGCAGUGAAUGUGGGAGAGCCUUCAGCCAGAAGGUUCACCUCACUGAACAUCAGAGAACUCAUGCUGGCGAGAAACCCUUCGAAUGUAAUGAAUGUGGGAAAAACUUCAGCCAUAGGUCAUCUCUUUUUCAUCAUCAGAGACUUCAUACUGGUGAGAAACCCUUUGGAUGUAAUGAAUGUGGGAAACUCUUCAGCCGUUACGGAAGUCUUAGGAAACAUCAGAAGAUCCACAUUGGAGAAAAACCCUUUGGGUGUGAUGAAUACGGGAAACCAUUCAGCCAGAUCAGACCCCUAAAUGAACAAGAGAUAAUCCAUGCUGGUGAGAAACUAAUAGAUGCAAUGAAUGCAGGAACCCCUGCGGCAUUAGGUGAUUCCUUAGGAAGCAUCAGAUAAGUGAUAUUUCAUCAGUGUAGGUACUGCCUGUGCUAGAGCAGACAACUCCUGUGUGACUUAGAAGUUCUUUUACAGUUGCUUUAGCUGGACAAGUUUACCCUGCAGCCAUUCUGGCUAGGAGCCUCUUCAAACUUCCUUUGUCACCUCUCCACCUUGGUGUAUGACUUGGCAGCUUUCAUUCCUUUGAUUACCCAGGGAUGCCUCUGCGCCACAAUGAAGAGUAUGACUUGAUUGGAGUAAUGAUAAUUGACUGUUUGUAUCCUUUGACCAUUUAUCUCUUGGAGGAUCACUCAGUCUUGUGAAUUUGUCAAUACCCUAUAGAUUCUAGAUGUCAGACAUAUCAAAGAUAUCUAAAUAUAAAAGGGCACAUUACAAAAAUAACUGGAAGGAAGUACUACUCACAGAUAGGGUUGGGGAGAAUUCAUAACCAGAUCAGAGGUAGAGAAGAUUACAAAAGACAAAACUGGUCAUAAAUUAAAAUAUUUUUAUAAUAACAAAGUCACUGCGACUGGAAUAAGGUAAGAAGCUUUUGGUUUAGGAAAGAGUAUUUGCAUCAAACAUCCCCGACGUUCAAAACAUGAGGGAUUAACAAAAAUAUGUCAACAGUUGUCAGAAAUCCAUUCCCUAGAGGAUAGGUGGUCAAAGGAGUUUCAAAAUACAAACUCAACAACUUCACAAAAAAGAGUUCUGGUUCAUUAACAAUGAGAAAUACAUGUUAAAACGUUAAUGAGGGAUCACAUCUCUCAAGUUGGUGAAGAUGGUAAAAGAAAUAGUCUAUGUUUGGAUAAGUCUGGAAAGAUGGGCACCCUCAUACACUGUUGGUUACGUUACAGUUUGGGUCAAGUGCUCUGGAAAGCAGUUUGGAAUCAUGCGAGGAGAGUUACAGAGCUGUUUACCCCCUUUGGUCCAGCUAUUCCACCACUGAUUUUAUACCCCCAAGGAUGCCAUUGAAAAAAGGCCCAAUAUGCACCCUAAUUCAUCACAGCAGUAUUAUAAAUCUACAUUUUAUCAAUGCCUUUUGUAUUUACAUCACAUUUUCCACACAUCCCUAAAGUGAACCCUGUCUUUUGAUAAAAACUGAUAUAGAAAUAGUGAUGCUAAGACUGUAUCUGACUAACUGUAAAUAUUCUGUCCUGAAGUUAUGUUUUAUCAUUUGAACUCUGGGACCUUAAUCCUUUAAAUAUUUUGAAUUUAAAAUAUUUUAUUGAUUUCUUUUUUUCUUUUACAUCAUAGUUUUUUGCCACGCACCCACUACUUCCGGAUCCAACCGUCUCUUAUAACAAAACAGUUAAUAGAAAAAUGAUAGACACCAUGUGUGACAAUGUAAACAUCAUUUUAUACUAGUAUUCCCCCAUCCCUCUGCCCCGAGGGGAGGGGAUUCUGUUUCGUUAUAUCCCACGAGCUUCACUGGUUUUCUGUUACUCAUUUUGACUUGCCUUUAGUUGUCGUGUGUGUGGUUCUUUUGACUCUGCUCACCUCACUCGGCCUCGUGUCUAUCACUUCUUGCUGCUCAGGAAUAAUCCAUUACGUUCACUUUCCACAGUUUGUUGCACCUCCUCCUAUCAAGAGGCACGCACUUGGUUUCAAGUGUUUUGCUGCCAUAAGAAGUGCUGCCGUGGAUAUAUUUUUAUAAAUUGGACCUUUGUUUCUGUCUUUGACUUCUCGGCCUAGGUACCCAGUAGUGUGAUACCUGGGUUAAAGGUAUAGACAGUUUAGACACUUAGAUGAUUUCAAAUUGAAAGUCACAAUGUUUAGACAACUUCAAAGUUCACCAGAAAUGCCUCAAGGUGCCUGUCUUCCCAGUCUCUCUACAGUGGUGCCCAUCUUUUACUAUCUUUACCAUUUGCAUAAUGUAAGGUGAAACUGAAGAGUUGUUUUAACUUGAAUUUCUCGUCCUUUUAGUGAUUUAGAAUAUAUUUUCAUGUCAUCAAUUGAAGUUUGCAGGUGACCACUCAUCAAGUACCAAAAAAACUAGAAAUACCCAUAAAUUGGGAGGGUGAGCAAAUUGUGGCACACGAAUGUAUUCAAACCAGUACUCAAUGUGGAGAGGAACUGUCAGGCCUUGUAUACGGAACCAGAAGGCCAGCACGUGGAGUGACAGAGACGACAGAGUCCGGUGCAAUAACAGCGACCAGUAUUGGUCCCUAAGACUCAGAGAAAACAUGGUUUCCUUCCCCCAUUCAGAAAAGCCGAACAAUGAAUGAAGAGUCAGAUGGACUGUUCUUCGCAAUCACUAUGUUCAGUGUUUUUGCUAAACUGAGGGAAAGUGCACGGGGUGGGGGUGGGAAGGGGUGUUCGCUGGGAGGGAGUAGCUUAUAGGGAAGCGAUUAUGUCCAAAAAUAUCCACAGAAAAUUCCAUCAUCGUUCUUUAAAAGAGAAUGACCUUAGGCCGUCUUGGUACAUCCCACAUCCCAGACUUCUUGGGUGUUAAUGGCAGGGAUGGAAUAAUGUGGGGAAAGUUGCAUAGACUAGCCAUUUGUUGACUCUUGGAGAUUCAAGAUGGCAGAAUUUCUCACCAUUCCCAGGGUUGCUGGGUGAUUGGAGAGAUUACCCUGCAUCUUGUCCUUCUGUUAGCUGCCCUCAGGUGGCAGCAGAGUUGUGUAAGUCAGUGCAGCUGGUGUGCUGAUGCACCAUCUGAAUUAAAUAGUGCCUCACCUAUGGAUUCCUGUAAACCACUGACGUGUAUAUAUGUAUGUAUUAUGGGGGGUGGGGGUGUAUAUAAGUUAUGUACAUGCAUGCAUGUAUAGAUGUGUGUGUUGGGAGAGACUCCCAAGGUCUGCUUGUCCUCUGUUCCUUGCCCACCAAGGAAUCCCCACUAUAACCUAAAGAAGCCUUUGUAGGAAGCCCUCCAGUGAGGGCAGAGCCCAGUGGAAGUGUGGGCGCUAGCUGCAGAUGAUCUCUGAAGCACGCCCGAAGUGCAGAGCCCGACCCUGCCACCCAUAUCUGUGUGGCGCAGGCAUGUCGCUUUACCUCAGAAGGGCUUGGACGUGCCGUCCAGCCCGACGCCUGUGAUGGAUCACUCGAGGUAGCGCUUUCCAUUGGGGGGUAGCUCUAAUUAUUAGUGGGUUUUUACUUCUGUCCAACCUAAGUUUACCUCUUGGCAACAUCUUUGCUCCUGUUUCUGCCCUUUGGGCCCUUGAGAAGAUUUGUACUUCCUUGUCCACGUGACAGCCUUUCAGAUACUUGAAGACAGUUAUCACGCCCAAGUCUUCUCCAGCUAACGAUGCCCGUUCCCUCAGCCAGUCCUCAUUGCAUGACUAGAGGCACUUUGACAUUAUUCUCUGCCCUCCUAAGGACACUCUCCAGCUUAUAACGGUUCUUCCUCAGCUGUGGCCUCAGAACUGAACGCAGUGCUCCAGCUGUGGUCUGACCACGGGAGCCUGCAGUGGGCCCUCCUCACUUUUGGAAGCCAUACCUCUCUUAGGGCAGGCAGCCUGAAAUCCCGCUUGGUUUCAUGGCUGCUGAAUCACAUUUGACUCAUAUUGAGCUUGUAGUCCACUAGAACCACCAGGUCUUCUUCAGACAAAAUAUUGUCUGUCUAAUCAUGCCUUCCCCCGUUGUGUAUUUGUGGAGUUUUCUUGAGCCCAAGAGUAAGAUUUUACAUUUAUUCCUAUUCAAUUUCAUAUUAUUAGGGUCAGCCUUACUUUAUGUAAUUCUAAGGUUAGUGAUCGUCCCAAAAAAUUCCAGAUGCACAAAAAAACCCUAUUUAGUAAAACUACUGAAACAUUCAAUGUAUCUGUGUAUGUAUUGUGUCUGUGUGUGUAUAUACAUAUAUAUAAGCUAAUAACAGCCAACAUUUCUAUAGUGUCAUAUGCAUAACUAGUUAUGUGGGACUUCACCUUUUUCUUUUGUUUUCCAUUUUUCUAAACUUGGUAGUAAUCCACAAAAAAAAAGCAUUCAAAUAU